UAGGCGUAACGAUGUCACGUGCAAACGUGCAACAAACAGUACGACGUGUUGAUAAAUUGCGAAAUGAUUUGGUGGCUCUGCGGUUUAGUUUAUCGAGAAACGUUUGUCAAAGCGAACGAGUUCUUGAAUGCGCGUCGGAUCGAGGAGCGAUGAGGCUUCAGUCCCCGGAUGAGAUGAAAGCCGAUAUCGCAGAGGAAAUUCAGAAGUUGAAAAUAGAUAUUUUAGAUGUAAAGAUUGCAAGGUUGAACGACGUCCUCUCCGAACUCAGGUCUCUUUCAUCUCAAGACAAACCACCUCAUUACCUCACGAUCAUUGGGUAUGAAAACUGGGUACAAUCCAACGAGAUCCUAUAUGAACUACAGUCACGCUUGAUCGCAAUUCAGUCUGAAAAACGAAGACUUCGUCUCAGAGAACGUCUAAAAGAGUCAGGAACCGAGCCACGUGUGUUGAGUAUCUCUAUCGACGAACAUUUCCAUGCCAGAAGACAAAAGCAAUUGCAACAAGGAACUCUUGUUGUUGGUCAAACGGACUCUAAAUUGAGUGAAAUGCGCUUACAACUUCGGUCGUUGCUUGGACGUAGUCGACCUACCGAUUUACAUUCGAUGAGUGAGUUAGAUGUCACAUUCAGGGAAGGACAGAAAUCGUUUCUUGAUGAACUUGUGUCUUUGGAUCCGUCUAAUCCAUCGUUUGAAGGUCGGAAACUGCGUGAGUAUGUUGCAGAAUGUUGGAAGGAGGAUACGUUGUUGUGUUCGUUGAGUCGGAAUUCAAUGGGCGCUCAUCCUGAUCGUUAUCAGGACUAUAUACAGGCUUUGUGUGAUUACAUUGUUGACUACCAGUUUACACACCAUGAGAAAGAGCUGACGUUCAACAGUGUCCAUUCAAAGGUAGAGAGCAGUUUAAUGCCUGCCAUUCGUACUCUCUGUCUUCAGCACGUUCAAGCAAGAGCGAAUGACGAAGCCAUACAUCAUCAGUGUGUCAAGUACCGAGGAGUCACUCAAUCCCAGAUGGGGAUUCCUAAACAGUUUCAGUCUCAAGAGGUCGUACCAUUUGCUGAUGCAAUUUCAAAGUUGAAGGCUAGUUAUUUUUCUGUGACACCUGGGCAAAAGUUGUAUGAUAUAAUCAGUGCAGCAAAUGCUGUUUUCCAAAAAGUUGGAGAAGACAGCGAUGAACCAGUUGGAGCAGACAUCUUUAUGGAUAUUUGGUGUUACAUUGUUAUCAAAGCAAACAUACAAGAUCUGGCUACAACGUUGGCCUUCAUAUCUGAUUAUUGCAAUCCAACUGUAAUACAAGGUCAAGCCGGAUACUUCCUCUCAAGUCUUCAGUUGGCAGCUCAGUAUGUUAUGGCUCUAAGUGAUGACAAUUUGCAAGCCUCAGAGAGGAUAGAACAAUUUGUCACGUGUGAUAUUUCUGCGUAUCGAAGAUUCUGUGUGGUUCAAGACUCUCCCUUCGUUUUGUCUGGUGAUAUCCAAGAGCUCAAAGGCUACACACCUUAUGUGAUUAAAGAGUGGUAUUUUGAUCCGUCUCGACUGUGCAGAGCAGUUCUUGUACCCUCAGACUUGGAAUCAGUUGCUUAUGUUGCUGUAGUAAAGGUGAGAUCUGGUUUACCAACAUCACAAGAUGACUAUAUUCGAGACGUUAUCUCGUGCCACCUCCUGAAAGGCACCGGCUGCCAGACACUACACACGCCGUUAGGGCCUACAGUUGGAUUACCGAAAAUCACAGAUCUACAACAAGGUCUAUCUCUUGUUUCACUAUCAAACGGAUGUAGUGAUGAUAGUUGGCAACUUGUUGAGACGUGCUUGACUCUUGAGCGAUUGGCUGUACCACUACCUACGAGUGCAUAUAUGAGUUCAGACCAGAUUUCUGCAACUGUUGAGAAUCCUUUACUUCUUACAUUGACCGACGAUGUGACCUGCAGCAUGGAUAAAAAAUUUCGAAGUGAUUUUGGUACGCCUUUUAAUGUCAGUCUCUCACUUGUAAUACGUCCCAUCAUUCAAGUGUGCCAGGUCAUGUUGCAACACCUUGGUUACCUCACAACUCUUGCUGAUGCAGAUGGAACGUAUUCGGAUCUGUUGUUGAAAGCUGUUUGUUGCUUCCAGAUCUCUUAUAAUGAAAGCAUGGACGGUGGCUUACAAAAGAAAGAGCAGCUGCGUGUAGACGGGAAGAUCGACAAGCUGACGUACGAAGCUCUUCACUUGUCUCUCCAAUCUAAACGUCUACGCAUGGAACGACUGGGCUUGGUCUGUAAUGCCGAUCCGUGCUCGGUAUCAUGUGCUCAUACUUUCCGUCGAUUUAUCACGGAAUGUCAAAAGGCAUGGGGUCUGACACGUCCAGUUUAUGGAACACUCGACAAGGCAACUCUAGCAGAGAUCGAGCGUCAGUUGAAACUGCUAAACCCAAACUCAAGUUGGGUGUAAAACUUGCCUCGUCCAGGUUCUAUAUGUACAUCGUUGCUGAUCUUGAGAGAUAAAUUUGAUUUGUACACA